AUGCAUGUACCGACAUAGAUACAUUCAUGUACACAUGCAUAUAGAACUAUAUACAUGCCACAAAAGUGCAUAUACACAUGUACGUACAAUGGAACGCAUUCAAGCUUACAUACACUCAACACGCGUCAGCCGGUGGCGUCGCGGCCUCCGCCGCGCGUACAUGUUCUGGAGACCUUGUGCGAGCCCACACAUAGUAUUCUAUAUAUAGCCGGAGUGCCCGUUAUGGAGUGCUAAAUGGGGGACUGUUUUCGAUGGUUUGACGCGCCAUCCGGUUGGCGACCACGACAACGAUGACGGCUGGCUUACGGCUCCUUAGCCGCUGUUACUGCUGCUAUCGGUCGAUGGUAGCAUGUGGCUGUGGUGGUGCUCGUGGUCACUUUAUGUCAUUCGUGGCAGAAACCCAACACACGAAUGACCGCGAAUGCUUUUUUUUUUCUACUAUUUAUAUGAGUAGUACAUCAAUAGAAAGUUUCGAAGUCAAUCCCGAUAUCUACAUCUAUGAAGCGGUUAAGUAUCCGCGCAAUGGCGGGAACGCCAGUGGUCAGCGGCUGCGACAGCUACGGAUUACGUACGUAUACAGUGUUGAUCUGCAUAACGCCGCUCUCCUACCCUUUGUGUUACUGUCACCGUUUUGGAGAAUAUGGUACAGCCGCAGCAGGACGAAGUGGUAAGCCAUUAACGGCGCUCGUGUAGACCGCUAGACCAAUCGGUGUCCAUGGGCCGCAGGUUAAGAGGAGUGUGAGGAGCAAAAAAAAAAAAGAAAAAAAGGGUAUCGUAGCAGCAGUGUCGCUAGUGUCGUUGCUGCGGCUAUUUUACUAAAAAUCGAAGGUGAUAAGGCUGCAGCAACAACAGUGCCAGUAAGAAUUCGAUUGGAAAAAAAUCGCUUUGUCAAAUAGAGCAAAAAAAAACAGAACGAGAAUGUGUUAGAACGUAUGCUAUUAUAUUGUCGUUGCGGCUAUAGAUCGUGUCUUGGUCAAUUAUUUACCUCUAGCUUUUUCUCACUUGCUAUCCUGGGCGUUUGAUGACUGCGCGGGGAAGAUCUGCAUUUUUUGCCUCUAUGAACGUAUCGCUCUUCGGUGGGGAUAUGUUUCAUGACGAGUGUGUACGCGUGCGUGCCCGUCUACUUGUCUGUCCGUGGACCGCAGUGUCCAUUCGAGAAACUAUUACUCAGCAUUGACUGUCGCUAUUACUACUGCUGGACUAAUACGAAUAAAGCAACUAAAGCAGCGAACCAGCAGCUAUGAAAAACAGGCAACUCUCUUAUUUUAGCUUGUCGCUCCAUGCAGAGUCUGUCGUUUCAGCCGGACGGCCGUCGCUAGUGCUGAGACGAGCGCGGCUGCGGCGAUGGCGGUGGCGAGGCCGUCUUCGUUACGGCUCCGUGCUCCGCCUUUCCAUGGUUGGAUCCGAUCCGCCUUCGCCGGCGCUACGGUGCCUGUCAUAGUUGUGUGGCUACGGCUAUUUGUGGUCUUGCCAUUGCCACCGUUGUUGGGACACUGGUAAUGGUGAUCGUGUGGUAUUGUUGCUAGUAGUCGAAUGGUUAUACGUGAGCGUCGUCUUGGCUUUCGUUCGUCUAAGCCCGUUGGCUGACUUGCUGGCUUGAUUGCCCUUAGUUUUUACCUCCCUUCCUCCCAGGCGAAGAACGCGGCGUUGGGGCGACGCUACACUCAUCACGGCUUCUGACUGACGAAGUCGUAUUUUGUGACUGAGUCAAUUGUGCGGUACGCCGCUGAGCGGUUGGACGUUCAGCAACAGCCACUGGAUGUGGUUGGCAAAGUGCGUCACUACCCUACCAAGCAUAAAAGUUUACUAGAUUCAGGGGGCAGCUUAGUACCGGCGACGACAAAGGGCCAAACGCAAGCGAACGUUGAGUGCGUUGCUAUUAAGACUGUAGGGUGCGAACAUCGCCACUAGAACCAACGAGUGUGUUGAUCACUAGAGCUUCUUUGUACUCUCUUAAAUCUCUCUUUUUCCGUAUCUCCGUAGAGGCGUCUCUUCUUUGCCUCUAUUCAGCAUUGACAGUCGGCCUCCUACCAACAAAGUCUGCUGGGCUUGCGACCAGGCUAUCGCGUGCAGCGCUGCCGUAGAGUUAGUUCGCCUGUACGCCCGCCCGCUCGUUUUCCCCCAUGUAUUUUGCACGCGGAUCCUCUAGCGUACCGUACUGUCUUCCUCAGUUGUAAUAACAAUUGACUUCGUAGUGGUAGUGACCUGAAUUUCUCGUUUGUCUUUGACUGGCCUCAGCUAUAUAGCUCGAUAGAACGACGGUUUAACAGGCGGCCGCGGUGGCGCAUCCCCACCAGCCGACCCAGUGGGGCUGUAAGGACACAAAAGCACCAAAGAGUGUUCUAAGCUUUUGCUGGUACAGUCUAUUGGCAAGAGCAUCGCUCUUGCCUCUGUUCUGUGCCUACACUGCAGCCGUUGCUGCAGCUUAAUCCUCCAAGGCACCUCAACAUACAGCGAGAAACAGUGCGAGCGCUGAACUAAUAGUCGGCUGCGCCGUUCAACGCGACCAUACGAAAGAUACACACGGCGAUAGUGUAGUCGUAUUAGCCAGGUGAUAGGCGAGGGGCGAGUGUGAUUGCCAAAGUAAAGGAUAAAAUAAAAGGAGAUAGACGCAGAGAUACAGGCUGGCAGACAAAGAGAGCGCAGGAGAAAUCGUGCAGCGCGCAGGCGGUUCGGCGUAGUGGUCUACGGUUGCAUCUGUAGCGACCUUGUGACUUCGAGACGCCUUCGGACUCCGAGCCGGCGGCGACCUUUGGCGCGGAGUUGCCGCCCGCUGUUGUUUGGCCGUUGUCGGGUGGACGGCGGAACGCUUCGGAGACUUCGCGGCAACUGACAUUAUUGUCCUUGUUCCGGCCGUACGGCCGUUGCGCCUCCGAGCUAGCCACCAUUAUUGAUAUCAGCUUCGGCAGAACCCCUGAUGGAGAACCUCGACAAUCUCCUCGCUGACCUGCAGUCGUCCCGGCGCGACUAUGAGGUCAGCUACAAACGAUCAGGUAGUAUGGAGCGACGCGAAACCAGCCCCCGAACAACGACAUCCAGCUCCGUGGUGGAUCGUCCCGUUACCCCUGUGCAGAUCGUGCCAGAAACAGCGACCAAAGAUCUGCAGUACACUUACCAAAUGCAUGAUCCCAUCUACCAGAAUUCGCACGUGAUCAAAGAGACCAUCACCGCACACGGUACGUCUGAAAGGGCUCAGUCGCCGAUUCGUGCGGCCAAUAAUCUUUCUUAUCUAGACUCAAUCGUGAAUGUGGCCGAUGUUACGCCAUUGACCAAUGGUGGUACUGCAUAUGAGACCACUUCCGAAUAUAUGAUCCGCACGGAGCAGAUGUCUUCCCGUCCCAAGUCCCCUGUGUAUACCUCACAUCGCAGCACGCACCAUUACACUUCUGGCUCGUCUAAUUCUUUGCCUCGUGCUCGUUCACCCUCGUCCUACCGUGCUAAGUCACCCUGUCCUAAGGUGAACCUCAACCACGAACGCAUGGUCGAUGAGUUGAAGUCCACCAUCCCAAAAACCACUGGUCGCUCCGGCUACUUUGUGCACGAUUCUCACCGCGAUGAGUACUCGCAUCGUAAGUACACCCAAAGCACUGAACCAGCUCCUACACCGCAAUCUUACAAAGUUUAUUCGAACACAGAUAACCGUUCGACUUCUGCGGGAAGCCGGCCGUCGAGUCGUCCUCGAACUCCAACUAAUCCGCAUGGAUCAAGCGCUACCCAGGAGCUGGACAGUCUCAUGGCUUCGCUUUCCGAGUUCCGCCUUCGCGACCCGUAUUACUCGAGCAGUCACUAUCAUCAGCCGCAAAGGAAAGAGGCCCGUACCCUCGUCACACCUACCUCCUCACACUCGACGCACUCAACACCUAGGCCGCGCGAUUCGGCUCUUGACUCGAUGCUUGGUUCUCUUCGUGAGGACAUGAACAACCAAGGUGUAAAUGCCGGUGCCGGCAAAGGAUGCUGUGCGGCCUGUAAGAAGCCGAUUGUUGGCCAGGUAGUGACAGCUUUGGGCCGCAUGUGGCAUCCGGAGCACUUCGUUUGCUCCCACUGCAAUCAAGAACUCGGCACACGCAACUUCUAUGAGCGUGAUGGUGAACCUUACUGUGAGCAGGACUACCAUAAUAUUUUCUCACCACGUUGCAGUUACUGCAAUGGGCCAAUUUUGGAUAAGUGCGUGACGGCCCUCGACCGUACCUGGCAUCCAGAACACUUCUUUUGCGCACAGUGCGGCCGUCAGUUCGGUGAGGAAGGCUUCCACGAGAAGGACGGCAAACCGUAUUGCCGAGAGGACUACUUCGCUAUGUUUGCUCCAAAGUGCGCGGGCUGUAGUAUGCCCAUCACAGAGAACUACAUUUCGGCGCUGAGCAUGCAAUGGCAUCCCGAGUGCUUUGUCUGUCGGGAUUGCUUGCAGCCGUUCCAAGGCGGCUCGUUUUAUGACUACGAGGGACAGCCAUACUGUGAGACUCAUUAUCACGCCAAGCGAGGCUCGCUUUGUGCUGGCUGCCACAAACCCAUCUCGGGCCGUUGCAUCACGGCCAUGUUUCGCAAGUACCACCCAGAACAUUUCGUAUGCUCAUUUUGUCUGAAACAACUCAACAAAGGCACCUUCAAGGAAGAAAAUGACAAACCUUACUGCCAUGAUUGUUUCGAAAAACUCUAUAGCUAGAGGAACUGAUGUACAGACAAUGCGGAAUAGGCUGGUGGCGACCAAGAACCCACGGACGAUGUUCACAUCAUGGACUACGUGCACUUCAGUUUAAGUAAAAUGCACGCUAUUGACAAUAACGAAAAGUUAGUGUCAACAGAAUUGAUCUUCACCGCAGAUCAGAACAAAACCGGCAUAACAAUGUCAGCUAAGCAAAAAUGGAGACUUAGCUCGUCGAAAACCACUCUAACUGUGGUGUCGUACAUGGAAAUAAAAUCGCAUACCUCAGCCAUUGCUCCGUGGUGUUUCAUCAGCCAGCUAACCAACUAAUGUCAGCGAUUUUUAGCCUAAGGGCGUGCAAGAAGUGUCAAACAAGAAUGUAGCUACGAAAGAGAGAUCGAAAACUCGCCAAAAAAAACUAUUGCAUCCGCAACAAGUGUGGUGGUAUUCAUUUAAAUGAUGGAUAUUCAUGAUGGAUAUGAGCGGCUUUCGGACGUAUCGAGCAGAACAUAUUUUGAGCAGACGAACGCACCUUGAUUGGCGGCCCAUGUCGACGUUGCCGCCACAGAUUGACUCGACUCGAUUCACGAUGAUCUAACUAAAUAGUGGUAAUAAUAAUAAUUAUAAAAGUAACAACGAUUGAUGUAAUUGAUUGUUGUAACUGAGAAAAAAUUAUACAUAUAAGAUCUACGAACGUUACUUACAUAUAUACAUAUAGCGAAAUAGCUGCACAACGUUGUAAAACCCAGGAAUACUUCAAGAUGUCGGCGAACGUAAUAGUCGACUUAAGUUAACAAAGCCCGAAAAGUAUCUAAUUUACUAUUGCUACUCUUAUUCAGUGACCAGUGUCGAGAAGACAAGAACGAAACUUGGAGGAAACUGAUAACUAAAAUUCCGCUUCAUAUCCUAUUAAUGACAUGAAUCAAUGAUUGAUUAAUAAGUUAACUGAUUGAUCGACCGAUUGCUAAACGCCAACAGGAAGACUGGUGCAUUCGAAACGGUUCCACAUAAUAAUGCCCUCCAACCUGAGCUAAAUCAACUCCCGGAAGCAACGACGCUAUUAUAAAUAUCAUUAGAUAAGCAAAACGUACGUUGUGGGCUUCGUAAUGAAAAUUUGAAUAGAUGAAUGGACAUUAACAGUUUGUGCCUGCUAGCUAUUCCUCUUAAUUCGGCAGCAAUGUCUAAUGGCGUUGGCGUUUAGCAUCAUUUUCUAAUUCUUGAUAGUUUAUUUGUGACGCCGACCAAGCAUCACUGGUAGGCAAGGCCUGUCUAUGGUGAGACCCCUAUUGGCUAACUGAUCUCGGCCAAGCUUUCGACGGGAAGAAGACGCCUUUUAACCGUUGAAGCGCUGGCCGAGAUAUCACAACGGAAGGUCUGCGACAAGGUCCCGAAAGCCUAAUCUGGUCCAGUCAGUAGCUAGUCAGGCUCGCCUGCCUUCCAGCCAAAACCAAGCAAAGUCAAGACUACUGUCAAGCCAUAAGGAAGGAGUUCGGACGUGCGCCUGUGCGGCCCACGGGUGACUUCUGCUGAAGGGCGGUGCCCAAUAGCCGAUGAACAACAACGACGUCAAAGAAGAAAAGAGCAGGGUCAAGAAAGUCUGUGGAGAUAUUACCAGAUGAACGAGUGCGACAAAGAUAACAACGGAAAGAAAUGAGGAGUAAAGUCAGACUGAACGCUGGUUCGGUGCAUCGCCCCCGCCUUGCCUUAUUUUACGGUAUGGGGCGAAACAUCCAUUUCGCCUUUUGCAGAGCUGCCCACUAGCUCUGGUAAACCACUCGCCUUUGAUAUGCAAAGGGAAACGCGUCACUAUUCACACACAGAUAUCAGAGACACAGCUGGCUUUGUAAUAACCGAAGAGAAAUAUAAUGUACUGUAGUGACAGACGACGCCUAUCUACCAUGGCUGUCGUGUAAACAAACAGAACCAUACUACGCGAAAGUUGUAAAGAUUUUAAUUUACGUUCUAACAGAGGGAGACUAACAAAGGGUUGUCUAGAGGAGUGAAAAAUAAUAGUUUAUGAUAAAGCGAUUUUGAGUGUAUGAAGAGGAUUGAAAGGAAGUGACUGAUAACACCGGAUAAUAUAAGUUCUGGGAGGAAGAAUGUGUCAAAGUCUCGGCGGGUGAAAAAGUAAUGGUAUAUAAUGAUGGUAAUCAUAAUAAAGAAAAUGUGUUACCUGGUGUUUUCCAUGUAUACGAUCUAAAAAAUAUUUGCCAUAAUCAUGGGGCGGCGAUCCUUCCCAAUGUCUGGCGUACAUUGUAUCUCAGUGAAGGAUGUCGACGAACAGAAAAGAGCGAAGAGAAGAAAGUCUUGUGCAAAUGGGUCGAAGAAGGGCAGGUCAGUUUGUUAAGGACGGUGUGCAAUCUUCUUAGGCAUAAUCUGAAUAAGAAAUAUAUCACUACAAAAUAAUAAUAAGAAGAAGAGGAAUAACAAUAAGAAGAACAGGAGCAAGAAGAAAGAAGAAGCAUAAUGAAAGGAAAUCAGAAGAAGCUUAAUAAAAACAAACGAGAUUUUAUUUUGAAAGAAGGUAUAAAUGUCUUGAGCUCUUCAGAGCCCUAAAGCUUAGUGCUAUGAAAGAAUCCAAUGAAGCGUGGGGCUGUUGUGCACAUGUGGGCUAUUGAACCAAACUUAAAGUUCUUUUUCAACAACCGAAGAGGCGUGGGUGCGUCUUGAAGAUCGUUGUCUUUCUUUUUAACGAUUUUGAGCUCUUUUUUACCUCUCAAAACGGCCUCGAAAUUGUGAGUGUAUCCGAAUACUCGCUCCCGUGUAUGACCACGCAUUACUUGCCUCGACGCCGCCCCAGCUUUACUAAUGCGCCUGCAAAACCCUGUGCGGAUAGCUGCACAAUUAAAUGCAACCAAUCACGAGGGUCGCCAUCAGAGCUGAUCAUCGCAAUUACCUAUAUACAUAAAUUUCUAUAAAUAUACAUCGAGUUGUACUGUAACAAAUUCAACACAACGACAACAACAGCAACAAAAAAUCGAUAUUGACAAAAUAAAAUCUGGUUA